AUGAGUGAAGAUGACAAAUGCCCAUGGUGUUUAACUGAAACCGAGACUCAAAGCCAUACCUUUUUCUCCUGCACUGUUGUCCGUGACUUAUGGGCUGCAGCUAACUGUGAAAAGCUUGUGAGAGUGGAUGAAUUCCCCGACUUUAAGGACCUGAUUGAAGCUUGGGGCAGUGAGAACUUGAAGACUCAGCAGCGUGGUGCUGCCCUUCUUUGGCUAAUAUGGGAGCGUCGCAACAACAAAGUUUUCAAUAAUAAGGAAACUCCUCACAAUGUUGUACUCAUGCGAAUGGCUAAUCUAGUUGAAGACUAUGAUAAAUACGCUAAAAGAAUAUAUGGCUGCAAAGCUCCUAAAGCACCAAAAAGCCCGAAAGUAUGGAAACCUCCACCACAAGGAUGUGUUAAGGUGAAUUGCGACGCAACAUUGAACAUUGAGGGCUGGGUUGGUCUUGGUGUUAUUGCCCAAAACCACAAAGGAGAGGUGUUGUUUGCUGGCGUCAAGAGGUACAAGGCCUUCUGGUCUCCUAAGCUUGCUGAGUGCAAGGCAGCUAUAUAUGCGGUUCGAUUGGCCAAGCAGCAUGGUCUCAAUAACGUCAUACUUGAGUCCGACAAUAGCAGCAUUAUUUCAAGGCUAUCAAAGGCUUCUACUUAUCUUUCCGACUUGGAUUCUUUGCUUGAUGAUGUUUUAGAUACUUGUUCUUUCUUUGAUUUUAUCUCUUGGUCUCAUGUAAAGCGGGAAGGGAAUUUUGUCGCACACCAUUUAGCUCGUAUAAUUCCUUAUGGUGUUGAACAAAUUUGGGCGAAUUGUUGUCCCAACGAUAUUUCUCCCUAUGUACUCAUGGACAAUUCGUCCAACAAUGAAUGA